AUGGCUUACGAGAUUUACGCGUUCCCAAGGAUGGAUGCCAACCACUCUGUGACUCUGCAGCACCCACUACAGGCUAUGUACCCUCAGGACUAUGAUGGAUAUGACUACAAUUACACCUUUGAGUCCCCCGAGCUGGGGGUCUUCCCUCAGGUCCACAUCUCGGCUAAAAUUCUGGUAGGCAUCACUUACUGCCUCAUGAUGAGCAUCUGCGGUAUCGGCAAUCUGCUCCUGUGCUACGUCAUUUACCGCUUCCGACGCAUGCGCACCACCACCAAUCUGCUGAUCGGAAACCUGGCUCUCUCUGACUUCCUGGUGGCCGUCAUUUGCGCGCCUUUCAACUUCUACUUCUACCUGUUUCAAAACUGGCCCUUCGGAAGUGCCAUGUGUUUGGCGGUCGGCUAUCUCAAGAUAACCUCCCUCUACGUCUCGACCAACUCGCUGUUGGCGAUUGCCAUUGACAGGUAA